GAUUUGAAAAUCAGCGAUCACAAAUCAGCGCAAAUUUCGCUCGUAACGAGAGAUCGAGGGGGCGAGGAGAGCGAGGGAGGGAGCUGGCUCCGGUUUGUUUCCUCCUUGCGAGACGUGGAUCCUCCGAGAAAAAGACGGAGGCCGUGAAGUAAACAGACACCGAGGUUUCGGCGCUGCCGGGGGCUGAAGGAAUGAGACCGGACUGCGGGUCAAGUGGCGUCACCUCCCUCCACGGCUGCUGCAACACACCGGAUCUGUUUCCCAGGAGAACCUCUCAGCAUUGACGGAGGAGAAGCAAAGGCAACAUGGAGAUGGUGUUUUUCCGGUUACCGGGCCACGGCGACAAGACCCUGAAAAGCAUGAAUUCUCUGAGGUCCCGUCAACACUUCUGCGACGUCACCAUCGUGGCCAGCAACUACCAGACGUUCAGGGGGCACAAGGUGGUGCUGGCCGCCUGCUCGCCGUUCCUCAGAGACCAGUUCCUCCUCAACCCCUCGGCGAAGCUUCAGGUGUCCAUGCUGUACAGCUCCACCGUGGUGUGUGACCUGCUGCAGUCCUGCUACACCGGAAUCCUGCAGUUCAGGCUGGAGGAGAUCGUCAGCUACCUGACUGCUGCCAGCUACCUGCAGAUGGAUCACAUCGUGGAGCGCUGCAGAGGAGCGCUGGAGAAGUACGUGCAGCUGAAGAAUCCCACCGAGCCCAAGAUGACGGUGGAAGAAAGCCAGGGCCAGCCUGUGAUCGUCAGCUCGGUUGUGCCGGCUGUGGCCAGCCAGUCGUCGCCGGCGAGCCCGCACAGCCCCGUGCCGCCUUCAGGGGAGGAGAACAGCGGCGAUGCGUCUGCUCAGGACAGCACUCAGCACCAGGAUGGCAGUCCUGUCCUGGAUGAUUCCUGCAUCAAGGUUGCGUCAGAUGAGGAGGAGGAGUCCAGGCAGGAGGCGUACAACAUGUUCCGGGUGUACAUCUCCGAUGAGGAGCAGAACAACCGGGAUGAAGAGGAGGGAGGAUCUUCUUCCGAGAGACGUCUGGACGCCGAUUUCCCGGAGACGGACGGAGUGGUGAUCGCAGGGGAACCCGGCGAAUACGACCUGAACCCGGCGGAGGAGCAGCUGGCCUCGGAGCUGCUCCCGGCCGAGGAUCUCCGUGCCUUCAGGCGCAGACUGGGCGAGUCGAAAAGUACCCGGGGCAGGGGCAAAAGCAGGGGGCGGGGCUUCAAACGCAGGAAGUUUUCCUCGUCCCGGGAGAAGCGAUCCUCUGAGUUGACUCACCAGGAUCUGUGGUUCUUGUCGAACCCCCAGCUGGCCGCCGGCUUCGGGCUGGACUACAGCCUGGACGGGCUGAAGGCGGCGAGCAGCUUCAUGAACGUCGAGCUGCCGCCGCUGGACUUCGGCGUGGGCGACGAGAAGGCGGCGGCCAACAGCCUGAGCCAGUUCUCCCUGGAGGAGUCGAGCUGCGGCGAGGGCGGCUCGGGGCUCGCCGGCGUGGGAGCGAGCGAGGGAGGGGACGAGUCGGUGGCGGUGGUGGGCUCCACGUCCAGCGUGGUGGGCCCGGUCAUCUGCGAGCACUGCGGCGUCACCUUCCCCUCGGCGCACUCGCUGGCCGUCCACUCGCGCUCCACCCACCUGCUGUACUCCUGCCCCUGCUGCGGCAAACACUUCCACCACGCCAGCAACCUCACCAGGCACAUGGCGGUGCACCGGGGCGCCGGCAAGACGCACCAGUGCCCCCUCUGCUACAAGACCUUCACGCAGAAAUCCACCCUGAUAGACCACAUGAACCUGCACAGCGGCGAGCGGCCGCACCGCUGCGCCUACUGCCACGCCCGCUUCGCCCACAGGCCCGCGCUGCGGCGCCACCUGAAGGAGCAGCACGGCAAGACCACGGGGCAGAACUCCCUCCACGAGCAGGAGGAGCGGGAGCGGGCGGGGGCCGAGGUGGCCAUGCAGAUGCAGGAGGACGAGCAGGAGUGCCUGGUUACCGAACAGGCGUCGUAGGCCGAAGGAUCCCGGCGGCGGAAACCUGUCCGCGACGUGCAGAACCUGUGGAACUCGCAGGUUUGGUGAAAACACUGACGUUCUGGUUUUUUUAGGCCUUAGAAAAGGGAGACUCUGAGUUUUGUGUUUGCUUUUUCCGUCUCCGCUGAAAUCUUAGCAGUUUUAUAUCCUGAACAGGAUUUGCUCUCAGAUAGAACAACAUCUCGGCGUCUGCUGCUACAACUUCAGUCGCUGCUGGACCAUUUUGGGAUGUACAUGGUUCUCUAGGAUUCAAACCAAAAAUAGCUCCUGGUGAGAGAAAAAUAGAAUAGAAAUGAACCACUGUUUGUCUUUAUCCCGUUCUGUUUUUAACUCAAGUUUUUUACAGUGUAACAUUGAAGUUAAAUUCACUCUAUUUAGUUUGAGUAAUUUUCUAAAGCUGGAUUAAACACUGGCUGUGCAGCGGCAGAGCUGCCGAUGCUCCCGGCUCACUGCUGCGAGUUGAUCUGGAAGCGUUUCUGUGAUUUUUUUUUUUUUUUGUCCUCGCAGUGAAACACACAUGUUUGAGGUUACGCAGUGUGAUGGGCUGGUGAAAAGUCCAGGGUGAGUUUAAUGAAAAAGAAUUUGGUCAAGCCAUGUUUCCACAGUACGGGAUGAAAAAGCAGACCCAGACAGAGUACAGUGGAGCUGUAGGCACGAGGCAGGGCUGUGAUCGGCCGCGCAUCCACAGCUGUAGUUUGUGGGAAAACCCGAAUCGUACUGUACUGUACCGGCGCAACACACACUGCGCAGUGGAAACCGGGCCUUAGUUUAGUUUUAAUAGUUCAGUCAGUGUUAUCUUUGUUACAGAAGUGAAAGAAAGUAGUUAAAUUGAAUUAAUGAUGUUUUAUUACGGUCAAUCGUGCAACUGGUCUGAAGCCGAAGAACCUCCAGCCUGAGUCGACGGGUGAAGUUCCUGAUUGGUGUUUAAUCUGAGAAGCACCCAGAAUCUGAUUCACGACACACUGGAAGGAAAAAUGAUCUGCAGGAGAGAAAACACUUUUUCAGAGCAGGUAUUUCUGCUUUCAGUUCAGAUAAAUGACAAACCAGAGGGGGAAGUCCUCCAGGAAGGAGUGUCUAAUUCCUCCCUGUGUUCCAGCUGACAGAUGACCGGUGCUCCGCUUGCAUUGGAAAUUAGAAAGUAGGAUUACUUUCUUAGUUUUACUUGUACUUGCUGCGGUGGAGUUUGAGGAGCAGUGAGUGGAGAGCCGCCGUGCCGCUCGCAGAAGCGUUCCAGGGCCGACGACCCUCGGAGGAACCCUGGAAGUGACGCAGACUCAGCUUCUGACGGCCACGAAAACAAUCCUGACAUGCUUCAGACCGGAGAAUUCCACACGCUUCAGGCUGAGAGGGAGUAACAUGCGGACGCUUAAACCAAAGCAGAUCAACAGCCAUCCGGUUGUGUUUGUGCUUUUAUAACUGACAGUGACGUGUUGAAAUAACUUUUGUAAUUUCAAAUGAGCUUAUUGUAAAGUGUUCUUUGCAGAAGAUGACCACGGUUGAAUAACGGUUUAAGAGUCUAAGAAUAAAACACUGAAAAGUUUCAU